AUGGCUGCAGACGAAUCGAACAUCGCCGAAAUCCAAACCUUCACUCCUGUCGACAUCUCCUCCACGCAAAGGCAUCAUCCUCUGUUCAGCACUCACAAAGGCGCGAACUCCAGUAACUCUUCUGGUCCUAGAAGUCCAUCUGGAGUGAAGAUUCCUACUGUUCACGGCAAGCCUAUAGAAUUCGAUUUGGCAAGUCACGCACGGACAAACCCACGCUCACUGUACCGAAGUCGCAGCCUCCCACUCACAAGAAGUGCGAAAACUUCGACGGCCCUGCAAUAUGGCAACGAUUUUGGUGGAGGUGGUAGAUUUACUGUUUCUGAUCAUCAUCGACCUUCAUUUCUCCCACAACUGGUCGGCUCAGACAGCAUUUCCAGCAUAGCACUGAAUGACAUGCCGCGGAAAGAAAGCUAUAUCAUGGAUCUGGAUCGGAGUCAAAGGGCGGGUCAAGAUUCGAUCCUUGAUGCAUCAAGAUCCACGAAGCUGGAUGAAAGCAGGGUUCAGAAAGUUGAAGGGUGGGGCAACUUGUUCCAGCGAGUGACUCCCCGUGAACGUGGCGAUACAUGGAGGAGAAGCUCUCAAGAGAACUUGACACUAAUCGUUAGUAAUGGCAAGAAUAGAUUUCCCGAGCACACCGACAAAGCAGGGCACGCUGAUACGCAGAGGGAUCACAAGGCACAGCUUGGCUUGGCGUCGUCUCAGGCCAACCGCACCUUCAAUAUUCCUCUGCGAUCCGAAGGCGAUACCACCCACCAGACCACCAUGGACCAACACUCGCCGCUCGUACCUCCAGCCAUUCCGAAUUAUCUACUCGAGAGUCAGUGGACGGCCAUCCUGGAAGAGCGUCGAGCGCAGCCAUUAACAGGGUCUAAUUUUCCGACGGCUCGCCAUAAGAUGUUGAACAGACCGGGGUCGCACUUUUCGAGCGAGUCAAUCUGGUCAAUCUCCUCAAUUCGGGGAUCCAAGAGCAAGGACCUAUGCACAGACUGUCGCAAGCCUGGGAGCAGCCUGACACCUCUUGUGCCCUGCAAAGCAUGCCGUGAAGGCUAUCAUACUCUUUGCGGAAACCCAAAGCCUCGGCAAUACUUGCGUCUCGAUGACUUCACCUGCGGAAUUUGUUCAAAAGAGCAGGAAGCUACGGCCAGCAACGCUAAACCACUCAGAGGCAGCUUGGAUGGAAACCCCUACAGAGCCGCGAUUAUUACUGAUCCUGAUUCGUCCCUUCGUGGUCCCUUUGUGCAACCUACGGACUUCGCUCCUCUCUCGUCUUCGCAAGCAUCUGCGGACCCUUCAGAGCCAGUCGCCAAGUCCGACCAAGACACAAAUCACGUUGAUAUCACACCCGCAAUGGGUAGAAUGGCCAAAGCAGUGCCCGUUCAUUGCCAGAAUCCCGCCGACGGUAAACCCGAGCACCCCAUAAACCCUGCAGUUAAUAAGAACAUGGGCAUGCUUGCCUCGCAACCAGUCAUGGAACGACAACCGCAACAGCCGCCAGGGGGGCCCGCCUUGAAGCAACCCAUCUGUCGUCGCUGGGAAGAGGGUUUCUGCAAAUGGGGGGACACCUGUCCCUACACGCAUUCUUGGACAGGCAGAUCGUGUCUGCAUCUUCGCAAACCCACCAGCAACCGGACUGCUGGCUUCGGUGGCGACAACAACGAGAAAUCACAGCCUGCGCAAGGGCCAAAGAACAUUUCAGAUACUGAUGAGUUGCCGCUGUCCAAUGGCGCGAUAUGCCACGAGUCAACUGCUCCAGCUGUGGUCGCAGUCUUGGCAAGGUCUAGCGCUGGCCGAGGAGCAAUACAGUCCGCCACAGAACAACAGACACUAUGUACCACAACAGAUCGACCAGCUCCCGUCAAGCGCCUGGCCAGGCGUAGUGGAAUCGUCCACUCGCACCAUAUAAGUAAUGACAAUUUACGAGGGGUAACUCAGACCCCAACCGACCAUGGCAAGGACCAACAAGAUAUAAUGAAGACGCAAGCCACGAGCCUGGAGAAAUGUGAGAGUUGCGGCAAAUUGAUUCAAGGUUCAGCUGCACGUUGUGCCAGGUGUACAAUCAAGCACGACGAUCUGCGGGGGGAUGGCAGAGGUUGUGGCGAUCCCAGAAGGCAGUCAACACCAAUCACGAUUUCCGAUGAUGAAGACGCAGAUUACCGAACAGUGAUAACAAUUUCAGACGACGAAGACACGCCAGACGUAUUGAAAAUUGGAAAUGAAAGUGACGGUGUGCAGCCUCACACUUCAACCUCAACUGUGCAGCAACAUGAGAUCCGUAGCUCUCUGAAGCAUCAUAUAACGGAAGAUUCACUGUUUGCUCCAAGAAAGAAAGUUCAACUUGAGCAGAUAAUAGUGAAUGAGGCUGUGCGCUCUCUGCACCAAGGCGCCAGAAAGAAUGAGGUCCAAGCUGCCCUUGAGGCCGACACUCUAGAGCCACAUGUUGACCGCAGCAAUUCAGUAGUGGUUCUGGACUCGGCGAAUGGCGCCCGUGCAGUAUCCCCUUUGCAGAAGAAAAACGAUGACAGCGUCUCCAAGUCUCCGCCGGCUCGACCUACCACUGCACGGCGCCGCGAGUUCCUGCGUCCAGCAUCUGCUCGAAAGCGCACGCUACGCAGCACAACCGCCGUUGAACAGCCAGGUCCCCAGAUGGAGGCGGUGGUGCCGUUGAUGGUUCCUCCUACGAGUAUUAAGGCACUCAUCAACGACGAGGAAGACGGCCCAAUCCCAACAGAACUGGUCAUUUCAUCUUGGAUAACAGAAGAAGACGAGUUCACUCAGAAUGAGCAUGACUUGUUCGUCGAGGCGUACAGCCGGCAUCCUAAGGCUUUCCCAAAGAUAGCUGAGCUCGUAGGACGCACAGUCGUCGAAUGUGUGCGGCAUUACUAUGCGACGAAGCAUUAUGUUGACUACAAGGUUUUCAAGAAGAAAGCUGUCGGCCGAGCCAAACCCAAGGCCUCCAAAACGAAGAUGUCUCGCAGUAGGGGCAGCAGCCCCGCAGUCGCAAACAAACAUGAAGUGCCAGUUUCAGCUUCAGCUCAAGUCACUGUUAAACAAGUCCAGACCGAUAGCCACGGCAACGCUCCUGCGAUCCUAAACAUACUCAACGGGUUGCUUGGUGGCGCUCUGACGAAUCUGACACCAGCGAAAAAGGCAGUUGAGGCAAAUUCUAAUUCUAGUGGCGAGAGCUCGGCUCAAAGUCGAUCUCGCCCUGCUACGAACGUAAACCGCUCGACUCAUCAUGUGGAGACGCCUGUCGAGGCGCGACCCAAGGCAAAUGAAGAAGGGGGGAGUGAGCACCAUGAAGCCGUGUCAACCCAGUCUCGGCGUUCGAGUCGGAGCCGGGACCCCUUGGAUUCUGAUUCCGCCCUCUUGAAGCCUGCAAUCGUGAUCUCUCGUGUCAAAGCUCGCGAGGCUACCAGUCAAGUGCCCUCCAAGAAUACACAGCCCGCAUCGGCGAAUGAGGACGACGAGGAAAGGUUACGAGACCGUUGCGUCAGUUUCGAACCUGAUUGCGAUUCUGAUGGGAUCGAUGAUUCCGAUUCUUGGUCAGAUCCUUCUCGACGAACUUUGAUAGCGCCCCGUCGAAAUGCUCGGCGUGGACCGCUGAACAGGUCUCAGGAUUUGUCGAAACUGGAGCCGUCCCUGCGGGUGGCCGGCUAA